AUGGACGACCCGCGCAGAGUUUGCGACUAUGGCGGGCCAAAUAAAACGGGCAACCCGCGUCGGACAGACCGCGCUUCGACCUCUAUUGGCUGCCCGCAAACGGCGGGCAUUACCCUCCUACUCCUCGCAAUCUGCGCUGGAGCUAUCGCGCCGCGUUUGUGCGCAUCCGAAUCGGAUUCGACGGCGGGGAUUGCGGCGGGCAUGAAGGGCGGCAUCAGCAGGUCGCCCUCGCUUUCUGACGUGGCCGCAUCGCGGAACAGUCACCUGGACUAUAAUCACCUUCCCAAUGCCGCCCUUUACUAUCACGCUCUUAUCCAGAACGUUCUGGCCGAAGCGCCGCGCGUCACGCUCUUCGCCCCCUCCCGUUUCAGUCACGCCGACCGUUUGAGUUCGAAUCACGUGAAUCGCCGCGCGCUGCAAGCGAGUCCUCUGCAGAACGUGACGCUCGCUCCGAACCGCACGCAUCGCAAGAACCCUCUCGACGGAUUUAACUACUACACGGGCGGCUGGAACCCCAGCAGCAAGGACUACUGGGCGUCCGUCGUGUGGUCGGUGGUCUACGCGCCGCUGCUCGGGUUGCUUUGGGUCAUCCUGGGCCUCGGGAUUGUCGGAUUCUCGCUGCUCACCUGCCUGUGCUGUCGCGACAAGUGGAGCGAGAUGAGGGACCCAGCAUACGCCAAGUACACCAAGAAGGACCUCUGGGUGCCGCUGGGGUUCAUGCUCCUCGGGAUUGUCGCCGUGCUGGUGGGUUUCUCCGUGAUGGUGGCGGGGGGCGCGCAGCUGAAGAACCGCGUGGACAAUGUGACGCACUACCUGACGGAGCAGGUUGACUUCACGGCCAGUGUGGUCUACAACCUCACUAAGAUUGUGGAAACGAGCUCCACUAUCACCGUCGCCAACGCCGUCAUCCCAGCUGAUAAGAAAGCAGACAUUGAGAACAAGGCGAGGCAGGCAAACCAGACAGCCACUGAGCUGCAGGCCAAGACGGCAGACGGCAUCGACAUCAUCAACAGCAGCCUGCGACUCCUAACCAUCACCUUCUAUGUCAUCGGCUGCAUCAUCACAGCCCUUUGCCUCUUCGCCUUACUGUUUUCACUACUCAAAUGGGUCAUAGCAUCGAACAUCAUCAUCACUAUAAUCUGGGUGGUUGUCUUCUUCACUUGGUGCACCACAGCUGCUCUUAUCAUCGCAUACCUGGUGAACGGUGACACAAGCGUGGCAUUGGAGCAGGUGCAGCAGUCGCCCACCAUGAGCAGCGCCAUGGACAAAUACCUUCACUGCAUUCCCAGCGAGAAGCUCCUGAAUGCGACGCGCUACGCUCGCUACACCGCUGCCACCGUGCUGACCACGGCCAAUAGCUCCGUAGCUGCUAAUGCACCGAGGGCGCUUACCUACCUAAAUGCUCCGGGCGGCAUCUGUGUGCCGUACGGCCCGCCGCCCAAUUUCACGCGCGACAGCAGCUACUGCGGUAACGGCACCAUCAGCUUCCAGCAAUUUGUGAAUGGGCUUUCUGCGACAGCCAACAGCUCUGCCUUGGUGCCAGAUGUCGUGAAAAACGAUCUCACAGCCACGGCUCAGACGCUCGCGCUGCUCGAAUCCACCAUCCCCAACGUGCUCACCCUCGUCGACUGCUCCUAUGUCGCCAACAUUGCUGCGUUUGCAAUAGCCGAGGCGCAGGGGAUGAUAACCAAUUUCCAGAUGCUCUGGAUUGGCUUCCUGGUCAUCACCAUCGCCUGCAUGAUGCAGGCCCUCUCCAUGCCUAUCUACGUCUUCCGAGCCGUCAGGAUCGGCGAUCGGCUCAACGACGCCGAAGCUGAGGGACUGUACAAGGCUCCUGCUGUUCCAGUUGCAUACCCAUCAGGAGGGGGGGCCGAGGGGCAGACGCAAGCGAACGAGCCUAGCUUUGCAGAAGGCUCGGGCUACUCGUAUGGAGGCUCAGAACAGCCUUAUAGCAACAGCUCGUAUGCGAGCGAAAGUGGUGCUGGUUACAAGUAA